UGAUCGUUCGGUGGUGGAUCGUCAGGAGGAAUGAGCCAGUUUGGAUUUUACCCACCGCCUGUUUUUAACCCGCCGCCUCAUUUGCUGCGGCCUCCGGUUUUCCUACCGCCGUCUUUGCAGCAGCAGCAGCAGCAGCAAUGUCCCCCUGCCUGGACUGGAGAGGCGACGGCAGGUCCAGGGCUCGGGCCGCCCUGGGGUAUGGGCGCCGGGUACCGUCACUCUUCCUGGUUAAACGCCGGCUGCGGCAGCCAGUUUCAGGGUAACCAUGGCCAAUUUUGCCAGAAGUGGCCAAGCCAGCAAGCUUCAACCCACUGGCCCCUGAGCACCAAUCAAUAUGAUGCCAGACAAUGCCAGAAGAAGAAGAAAAAGGAGCCAAUAUACAAAUACUACUGUGAUACUUGUGACAGAGGAUUCAAAAACGAGGAGAAAUACAGUGAGCAUGUGUCACAGCACAUCCAAUGCAAAGUUAAGGGUUGCAGUUUCAAUGCCCAUGAGAAGCUGGUUCAGAUUCAUUGGAGAAAUGCACAUGGGCCAGAAGCAAGAAGCAUUAAACUGGAUACUCCAGAGGAAAUUGCCAAGUGGCGUGAGGAGAGAAAAAGGAACUUUCCAACUUUGGCAAAUGUAGCAAGGAAGAUGAAAGCAAGUCAAGAAAAGGAAGAACGAGGAGAGGUGUUGCAAACACAGCAGUUUGGCAAAAUGAAGGGAAGGUGGAAAAGGUCUCACAACGGGAGCAAAAGAAAUUUCUGUGGAAGGUUUAAAGACAGAAAUGGGGGCCACUUUGGUGGAACACACUUUGAACAGGAAGGACAAAAUGCAAUGGAGGAGACUGGUUCCAUGCAAACCAAUGGGACAAACAGUAAGCAACUGGAAAACAAGGAACAAAACACAGCUUGUGAAAAAGAUGUGGACCCUCUAGGCAUACUGGCACAAAAUGAUGCAGAGUCUGACAAGGACGAGAGCCGAGCUGAAGCUGAACAAGCAGAAAUAGUCAUUGUGCCAACCCAGAUAACGUCAGGCCUGAGCGCACUGAUGGCUAAUUACAGCAGCUCAUCAGACAGUCAAAGUGACCAGGAGCCAGAGGAAAUACCCCUCCGGACAGCUGUAAAAGCUGUAGAAGAAAACAACGUGUUACUGGGAUCGGCACCAAAAACUACAAAUGAGCAGGAAACGAAAGGAUGUGACAGCAGCAUUGUGGAUUCCAGAUUGUGCAGUCAUUUCAAACCCAAGGGUAAGGGUAGAGGAAGAGAUCGCAGUGCGCGAGAUAAACGAUCUUGCCCGCAGAGAUUACCACGUCGGCCAACUCUGCUUGAAAUGUUGUUGGCCAGAGACAUUCGCCACGAAAGAAACGUAAUCCUGCAGUGUAUUCGAUACAUUAUACAAAACAGGUUCUGGGGUCUUGAACCAAAAGUAAAUAGGGUGAGUGUGAGGCCAGCGUUGUCAAUGACUUCAUGUGAAGGGGAACCAUGUACAAACAGAGCUGUAGAAUGUAACACUGUGUCUGGACUUGAGGUACAUGCACCUGGACAUGAGAUGCAUACUGCUGAGAGCUCUAAAGCUGAAGGGAUGGUCCAAGGUCCUUUUUUAUCACCUGGAAAUUCAACAUUGGCAUCUACAGCAGAGCUGCCUGAAGCACACCUAGCUACAUUGCCUGUAGUAGAUGAUGAAAUUUGGGAAACCCCUGAAACCAUGCGUGAAGAAAGAUGAUCAAAGAAAAUGCAAACAUUUAGCGUGGCAACAAGGCAAAGACUAUUGGUGAAAUUAUGCUGAAUUUGUGUAAAUGUUGGCGGGUCUGCAGCAUUUUCUUUGUUUUAAAUGGAGAGAAUAGAAUUUAUUUACUCGUAAUAAAUGAAACUGCUUAAAUUCUUGUUACAAAGUU